GCCAUGUUUACGGAAGUUGAACACGGAAGGCACGUGGCUCUGAAUCCUUCUUACAGCUGUUUAUAUUUUAUAGACAGUUAUAAUCUUUAGGGAAAAAUAAGGAUGUUUUGAUGCAAUUUAAGUGAGAGAAAAACACUGCGAUACUUUUAUGGAUCUCGAGGCGGAUAUCAUAGAGUUCAGAGUUCCUACUGAAAACAAUAAAACCAUCUUUAUUUGGGAAAUACAGCCAUCCUUUUCCGAAGCGUUUAUUUAUGAGUCUCUGUGGAGUGUGUAUUCUGCAUUUGGGGCACUCUACCUGCUGAAGGUGUGUCCCAAUGCCCCAGUGGCCGCCCCGGGAUUUUAUGCACUGGUCAAGUUUUACUCUGCUGCCCAGGCGUCCAAGGCUCAAAGAGCCACAGAUAAACAAUGUCUGUUCCAGGAAGUUCCUCUCAAAGUUAGACUAAGCACAAAGCAGAACCCAGCGUUCCUCUCUGCGUCUCAGUCCCUCAGCCAUGCUAAGUGCCAAGACCUGGCUAAUCAUUACCUGGGCUACAAUGGCUGGUCUACUCACAUCAUCACUGUGAAGGACAUGUCAAAGUGUGCAGAUAUCGGUUGGAGCUUGGAUCCAGGCAGCCAGGGAGAGCUGCUGAAAUACGGCUGUAUGGUGGAGCUGACUCUCCCUCAGCAUGGAGUCACGUGCCGUGGGGUUGGUGUUGCUGAGGAAGUGGUUGAUCGGGAGAAAAGUCCAGAGGAAAAGCUGUGGAUAAGAGGGAAGCUUAUGAAAUGGGCCAAAGAUAAAGCAGUAGUUUCAGCAUUUGAGAAAGUGUUACUGAUUAUUCUUGGUAAUGGUAAAGUAGCGGUGGAAUGCAGGAUCGAUCCAGAGGAACUUCUGCCAGAUGAGAAUGUGGAGGGAAUCAUCCAUGUUAAUGAUAUUUCAUGGAGUGACUUUGAGGCUGCUGCAGGAGAGGAAGAAGAAUUACCAUGGAACUUCACAAUGGACCUCUCUCAUUAACUUUCACUUGUGUUUAAGGUUAAACACUUCACUGACCGAUUACUAGCAUGGACAUUGGAAAGAGAAACUGAGCAACUGCAGUUUUUUUUUAUUUAUUUUUUUUUAUAGAUUUUACGGUUUCAUUUUGUGAGUAAAAAAAAGUAUCUAAGGCCAGUCUCAUUGUCUUAGAAUUUGAUGUGCAACAUGUGUGUAGAAUUAUUUUCUAAAUACAAAUAAAUCUGGGUUUUUGAAGGCGAAGUUUUUUUGUUUUUUUUUAUAACUAUAGCAAUUGGGUUUUUUUUCUUCUUAGCAAUAAAUCUUUUCUUAAGCAGAGUUUAUUUCUGACCUAUUCCUUUCAGAACACCAACAGAAAACGUAUGUUUUGAGGUCAGUUUGUAAUAAUAAAUGUAUCAUUCCAUAGAGACCCAGACGUAAGGCACAGGUUUUCUUACAGUCCGUUCUGUUUUGAGUUCUAUACAAUUUCUUUAACUGAAUUUUUUUUUUAAAUCUUUGUUUGUAUGUUUUUGCUCAUGAGAAAUUAUUAUUUAUUUGUAAACACAUUAAAAUGUUAUUUUCCUUCA